UUGGUCUUAUUAAAAAUUAUUUCUUCGUCGGCAACCACCACUGAAUACAAAUUGAUUCCAGAUUUGUUUAAGUUUGACGACUUCGACAAAUGCAUUUUUUACAGUACUGAUCUUAACCCAACUUACUGCACGGUAACAGUUGAAUUAUCGCCGGAAGAUGGUUCACAAACAAAUAUUUUAUGGAGUACUAUAGAGAAAGCGAGCUCAAACAAAAGAAACUAUCGCUACGAUUUACUAAGACACGGAAUUUGUGCCAGUUGGAAAUGUGAACAUUUCAACGAGACAAUAUCUGAGUGCUUAAGUCAAAUAUACAAAUCAAAAUAUGGACGUUUAGGACUUGGUACUCGAAUCAACCAGUUACACUGCGAAACGACGGAAUCCGGUUAUGUUAUAACCACUAAAGACUGUAUUAUUUGGACGGUUUUAGGAACUUACGUGGUCUUUGUGGUACUCGUUUCAGUAUGGUUGGCGAUUUAUGGAAAGAAAUCUGUCAAAAAUGAAGAUAGAAAAUUUUCUUCUGUGGGGAAUUUUCUCUCCGCAUUUUCACUUGUUGAUAACGUUAAUUCUAUAAUAAACAAAAACGUUAGAAAACAAGGUACUCCUAACAAUUAUUUACCUACAAUCGCAGGUAUUCGAUUUUUUGCGUCGUUUUCUGUGAUCCUAGUACACGGACUUGCUGCUGCUUUACAGAUUGCAACAGCUAACGCCCAAGCAGUUGAAAAACUAACGACUUCUUUUAUUGCUGUUAGUAUAGGCAAUUUCUCUAUAUUCGUUCAAACUUUCUUCGUUCUUUCCUUUUUCCUCAUGACAAUUAAUUUUUACAGUGACUUGAAACGUGUUCAACAUGUUACAUUCAGAUAUGUUUUACGCAAAAUCAUCAAAAGAUAUAUAAGGUUUACGUCAGGACAAAUUAUUCUUAUCGCUUUACACAGUACAUGGUUUAUACGUUUAUCUCGUGGUCCAUUUUGGGAACAAGUAAUGGGACCCGACCACCGACAAUGUAACGAAAAAUGGUGGAUUAACCUACUCUACAUCAGUAACUUUUUUUUUGAUGAUGGAGCGUGUUCGCUGCACACGUGGUAUUUGUCUGUCGAUUUUCAGUUGACACUGCUUGGUUUAUUGAUUUUAUGGUUGACACAAAAGAAUCCAAGACGUCUGUUUUUGGCUUCCAAAACAUUGCUUUUCUUACAGAUCGUGUGGACCUUCCUUUACUUAAGAUGGAACGACUUCGAAUUCAGUGCUGCAUUCACACCAGAGUUAUUGUACGAUUUUAAAUUUACGUUUAGCAAAGAGUGGCAGGCGACUUGGAUAAGUACCAUGUCCAAUUUAGCUGGACUUGCCUGGGGGUUGAUUUUCGGUUACUUGUAUUCACAUCUUCAGAACAACGCAUUUAGUACUAAAAGAGUUAACGUUUGGUGGUACGCCAUUGUAAUUAUUUGUACUUUUGGAACGAUAUUUUUUUCUGGAUUUUACAAAACUUCUGAUUAUUACUCGAAUAGUAGGUGGUUUGCUGCCAGUUAUGGCAGUAUCGAAAAGGUCGUAUGUGUUUUUGGAAUUAGUUUUUUUAUUUUUGGCACGUUGCAAGGUCUGGGUGGGUUUAUUAGAAAUGUUCUAGAAUGGGCGCCAAUGCAUACUCUGGGCAAGUUGUCGUUCGGUGCAUAUUUAAUUCAUUUUGUGUUUUUCAGCAUUGAUAACGCUUUAAAACGAUAUCCUACUUACGUCUCACCUUAUUUAAUGAUCGUGUGGACCUUCCUUUACUUAAGAUGGAACGACUUCGAAUUCAGUGCUGCAUUAACACCAGAGUUAUUGUACGAUUUUAAAUUUACGUUUAGCAAAGAGUGGCAGGCGACUUGGAUAAGUACCAUGUCCAAUUUAGCUGGACUUGCCUGGGGGUUGAUUUUCGGUUACUUGUAUUCACAUCGUCAGAACAAUACGUUUAGUACUAAAAGAGUUAACAUUUGGUGGUACGCGAUUGUAAUUAUUUCUACUUUUGGAACGAUAUUUUUUUCUGGAUUUUACAAAACUUCUGAUUAUUACUCGAAUAGUAGGUGGUUUGCUGCCAGUUAUGGCAGUAUCGAAAAGGUCGUAUGUGUUUUUGGAAUUAGUUUUUUUAUUUUUGGCACGUUGCAAGGUCUAGGUGGGUUUAUUAGAAGUGUUCUAGAAUGGGCGCCAAUGCAUACUCUGGGCAAGUUGUCGUUCGGUGGAUAUUUAAUUCAUUUUGUGUUUUUCAGCAUUGAUAACGCGUUAAAACGAUCUCCUACUUACGUCUCACCUUGUUUAAUGCAAAAAGACAUUUUAAUUAAUGAACUGAGGGAACAAAUAAGAGCUCUUAGAGAAAGUGACGGUGCUAAAAAAGGUGAUAACAACAUAGAUAAUCAGGGUGCUCCAGCCUUGGAGAAGAGAGAUAUAAAACAUCAGUCUCUCCACAAAAACGUUAAGAAGAACAAACAAAAUGAUAGUGCAAAAACUUCGAAAUCAAUCAGUUUGAAUGUAAAUAAUAAUACUGACAUGAAUUCCGUCAACGAAUCAACCAAACCAGAUGAAAGAGGGCAAAAUGAUACAAGCGUGGUCCCUAAGCAGGACGAAUGGCAAACUAGCAAACACCGGAAUUCACGUAAGAGGCAACGGGUGAUAGUAGGCGAAAGUGAAGAAAACGCAAAUGGGGUGGCAACGCUACAGACCGUUCCGAAAUUCAUCGAUCUGCACGUGUACCGACUCCAUCCAUCUACGACAGAAGCGGACGUAAUCGGCUAUUUGAAACCGAUGUUCAAAGAAGUGCUGUGUGAGACCUUACCAUCAAAACAUCCUCUACAGUAUUCGUCUUUUAAGUGGAAGAAGAAGAAUCAGCCUACUCAGAAGUAAUUUUUGCUCCAGAAGUCAUGUUAUUAAAUGUUCAAAGUCUGAAUCCUAACAAGAGCCGACUUUUGGAGGUUGAACUUUCUAAAUGCAGGAGUGUAAAAAUUCUUUGUCUGACGGAAACAUGGUCAAAUUCGGCCUCGAUAAACAGUAAUAGUAUCGAUGAAUUUAAAUUGAUCGCAAUGAAGUUCAAUUAGAAAGAGAGGUUAAUAUUUUAAUGACGAAUCUCCAAUCCUGGUUUUCCACCAACAACAUUUAUAUAAACUCUGAAAAAACACAAGUUAUAAGAUUUCGUAAUCGCCAAAACACCUGUAAGUAUAUAGAUCUCAAAUGUUCAAAU